UCGGAGUCUCAUUGCAAUGCAGAUGGGUUGUCCAGGUUACCUCUCCCUGUUAGAAAACCCGUCUCUGACACUGUUGAGAUCCUCUACUUCAGGGAGGUAGAGACAGCACCUGUUUCGGCUGUGCAGGUGAAAAAGGCGUCCAGAAAUGACCCUGUGUUGUCAGCAGUGAUGGACUGGAUCAUUAAGGGUCUUCCUGCAGGUGAGGGUGUAGACUUGAAGGCCUUCCUUGGAAAGCGGGCGGAGCUUUCUGUUCAGGCGGGAUGUUUGCUGUGGGGGAGGAGAGUCAUUAUUCCCCUGUCACUUCAAACAAAACUGUUGAAGCAACUUCAUGCAGGACACAGUGGAAUAGUGAGAAUGAAGGAAAUAGCGAGAAGCUAUUUUUGGUGGCCAAAUAUGGACAAACAGAUUGAGGAGAUUGCUAAAAACUGUUCAUCGUGUCAUAAGGUCCGGAACAACCCACCACUUGCUCCUCUCCAUCCCUGGGAGUUCCCACAGGAGCCAUGGCAUCGUGUGCACAUUGACUUUGCAGGUCCAUACAAGGACAAAAUGUUUCUUGUAGCUGUUGAUGCACACAGUAAAUGGCCUGAAGUGACCAUCAUGAAAUCAACCACCACUGAGAAGACCACAGAAGCACUAGGAGAAAUGUUCAGUAGGUUUGGAUCUCCUACACAGAUAGUCUCUGACAAUGGACCUCAACUGGUUUCACAGGAAAUGGAGGCUUUCCUGCAGGCUAAUGGAGUGCAGCACAUUACAUCAGCUCCAUACCAUCCUGCAACGAAUGGUCUUGCAGAAAGGUUUGUUCAGACAAUGAAACAUGCACUGAAAACAUCACAAGGCCAAGGAACACUGCAUCAGAGACUGCACAAGUUUCUGCUUAGCUAUCGGAACAGUCCACAUGCAACCACAAGGACAUCGCCUGCCAACGCAAUGUUCAAGAGAGAUCUGCGCACUACCUUUGAUCUUUUGAAACCCUCAACUGUGAAGGACACUGUGCAAAAACAACAAGAGAAACAAAUUAUGUACAGGGGCCAACAGGUCAAGGACAGAGUCUUCAGCCCCGGUGAGUCAGUGCUGGCCAGGAACUACCGAGGAGCACACAAGUGGGUUCCUGCCACUGUCAUCGCACAAACUGGACCAGUUUCAUAUACAGUACAGGUUGCCGAUGGAGUGUGGAGAAGGCACGUGGAUCAGCUACUACAGACCGCACCAGUGUCUGCAGAAAGGUCUUUCGAAGAUCUUAAAAAUGCACUCAUCGACUCGUCAGUCCCUCCACACAUGCAAGUAGAGAACUCCACCACAUCAGGAAAAGUGGUUCCCACUGUAAAUGAGACUGCAAGAGAGACUGAGACAUCUUCAGUGACAGAAACAAAGGCUCCACAAAAGAGCACACAGACUGACGUUACCACAGACCGCCGAUACCCCAACAGAGAGCGGCGGCCUCCUGUUCGUCUGAGUUAUUAGAUAGCACCUGACCCAUGUGAACGGGGCAGAAUAAUCCCCAUGGGUCAUGGGGGAGGUUGGGGUAGUCUACCCUCACUCCCAAAUUAGCAAUUAAAAAGAGUUGUUGUUAUAACCUUACAGUUAAUAAAGGGAAGGGGAAAGGUGAAAUGUUUGUGAUGCUAUUACUGUCAUGUUCCAGUGAAGACAGACGUUUUUGAGUAGGUCACCUGUUUAUUCCGUAGUACAUCCUUUGUAAGAGGGGAGGAGAUGUUGUGUAUUUUGGGUUAUAACAGGACCCGUAGCGGUCAUGCACCAGGUGCAUUAUGGGAAAUGCUGUUGUUGUUGUUCGGACUAGCUAUGUGCUGGAAGUUA